CUACAGUGAUACCGAACGACAAGCGCUCUCGUCAGAACAUCUAAACCCACAGCACCAAGAUGAAGUUCGUAGUUCUCGUGCUCUGCUUCCUGUGUGUGUCGCUUUCACAAGCACAAUGGUUCAAAGCUAAGGUACGAAUCGGACGUGACGACACAGAUGGGGCGAGCAACGUCUUUGCUCGUGUGGAAGACGUCCUUAAUACAACAUCCGGCGGAAUUGUAGGAGUUGAUCUUGCUGAUGCAGCUAAAGAAAUUGCAUCAAUGGCAGACAGUAUAAAAGAAGACGUCUCGAGUGAAGACGUUGAUAAAAUUAUAUCAGAAGUAUCCGCAUCAUUCAAUGGAGUUUCGGCUGUAUCCGCGCUUUUUGAUGACGACUUAACCUACGAGUCACGUGUUCUGCAAGCGGCGCUAGCACUCUGGGACGGUCUAGUGAAAAGGGGAAGAGAACUCAAAGGUGAAGGUAAACCUGUAGAUGCUGUUCUGGCUGCCAUUAGUAAAACAGCUGGAGCUAUUCACCCUCUAGUAGAGGACAUUGCUGAGCGUAUCACCUACCAAGAAAAUAGCUCUGAAGGGCUAACAACUGAAUCACCAACUGAGGAAACUGUCACAGGAGCUCCCAAAAAACGAUGUAUCAGGUUCUGUAUUAUAUGGCUGAGGGUGGGUGUCUGUGCAAGAUGGAGUUUGUGUGGGUAAAUGCUUUCAAGACGGAAAAACAAUUCAUCGUGCCUGCUUUUGGAGUUAGUCAGAAAUCCUAACGUGUUUAAAAAUAUUGAACUUUCUUGAUUUG